UUCAAAGAGUCUCGCAUUAUUUCAUCCUUGUCUCUUAUCUCUGAUUUCAUCCUUGCCUACGGAUAUUUUGUAAAAUGGGCAAAAUAUAUGAGUACGCAAGAUUGGAGAAAUUUCGUAGCAAAGUGUUUAUUAUUUAUCGAACAGAAUAUGAAGAACUAUCAUACACAUUUGACGUAGUAUUAAAGGAAGUAACCGGUGUUUUGCAACAAUUUGACCAUUAUAACAUAACUCCUAAUACAGGCAUUGCAUUGCGAAUACUAGGUCAUUCACCUAAUAAUAUUGCUCUAAUCCUCAGCAUCCUCAACUACAAUUGUUACUUUAUUCCUUUGCAUUUUACAAAUAUACAUUACAACUUCGAAAAUGUGUUAAAUGCACAUGGUGCAACAUACGUUAUAACAGACCUAAAAUGUGAUGAUACCAAAAAUUGCAAACAAAUUGGUAUUUUGAAUAUUAUGGAUAAUGAAAUGUACUUGUUUCAAAACAUAUCUAUGGAUAGAAAAUUAUAUGAUGAGGAUUGUGAUCUUUGCUAUAGUGUGUCAACAUCAGGAACUACAGGACUUCCAAAAAUCGUACAAGUACCGUAUUCCUGUGUGGCACCAAAUAUUUUAACUUUAUGUACGCGGUUAAAAGUAUCGGAAAAUGAUGUAAUAUACUUGUGUGCGCCACCCACUUUUGAUCCUUUUGUUGUAGAUUUUUUUUUGGCACUAAUUUCAGGAGCGUCUUUAUUAAUAUGUCCUGCGAAAUUGAGAUUGAAUUCCAAAAAACAUAUAAAUAUACUAUGGCCUAAACCUCGGGGUGAACAGGUUUUAAAAGGAACAACUAUUUUGCAGGCAACUCCUUCCUUUUUCCGACUAUUCGGAGAAGCUAUCAUAAAAGAAGUCAUAUUACAUGAAAACAAUUCAUUGCGAUGUUUAAUUUUAGGUGGAGAAGAUUUUCCUAGCAGAAAGGAAUGGGAUUCUUGGUUGCCGACGAUACCUUUAAAAAAACGAAUUUUUAACAUUUACGGUACAACCGAAGUGUCUUGCUGGUGCACAAUACAUGAGUGCGAUUUUAAUGAACAAUGGGAAAGAGCUCCUAUUGGUAUUGCCUUAGAUGAUCAGACUACUUUACGCAUAACCGAUACAAAUGAAAAGGAAUUAUUUGGAUCGUGCGAAGGAGAGUUAAAAAUUGGUAGUGCAACUCGAGUGUGUUACAUUCCUUUCACGGAUGGUAUGUUACGACCUAAAAAUAAAAAGAUGCGUUUCCGCAACACUGGAGAUAUGGUGUUCCGUGAUGAAUAUGGGAGAGUAUUUUAUUUAGGCAGGACUGAUAGCGUUAUUAAGCGAAUGGGUGUUCAACUAAAUCUGGUCAUGUCAACGAUUUCAACUCGUCCAAUGGCCAGCACAAACUCCCGACCUUAUCCUCAUUGAAAAUUUGUGGGCUAUUGUAAAGAGGAGAUUGUGCAAAUACCGAACAGCGCCGAGCCUAUGGAGCAGAGUACAAAUCGAAUGGAGAAGCAUACCAAAGAAAAUAGUAUAGAAUUUAGUUGAAAGUAUGCCGAGACGUGUAAAAAAUAAAACCUACAACAAAGGAUUCUAAACAUUUUAAAUAAUAACUGCAGAAAUGUUAAAUGUCUUUGGCAUGAAGAAACGCGUAAAGUAGUUUGUUUUGUGCAAGCUAAUUCAAAUGUUGAUGGAACAGAAUUGAUGCACAUUCGUCGCCUUUUAAUGGAAAACUUGUUGGAAAUAGAACGACCUGACGAUAUAGAAUUUAUUUCGUCAUUCCCUUUAAACGAACAUGGGAAAAUAGAUAGACAUUGCUUAUUACAAAAAAUUACCAACAAAACCUAUACGAUUUCGGCAAGUUCUGAGGAAAUUUUUCACAGAUUUAUUACUGAAGUUUUGGGAGUCGAUUUGAUGAAAAAUAACGCAAGAACCACUGACACAUCUAUAGAAAUGCUGGAUCUAAACAUGUCGUUUAUAGCAGCAGGUGGUACAUCUUUCCAUGCUAUUACGUUGGUUAAUCGUAUUGGAGCGAUAUUGGACCCAUGCGAUCAAAAUGAAUUAUUAGGAAUGCUAGUAAGUUCCCAGCAUUCACUACAAUUGAUUAGGAAUUUCCUUGCUUCGUGCACGUUAUCAAAAGCACAAGUUUUAUCUAAAACUUUGUCAGUAAAUUCAAGCAGUUAUGCAAAAAAACGGUUAAAGUUUCUUUGGCGCACUAGUCUAAAUAAAUGUGUUGACUCAGCACCUUCUAUUGUUGGUAAUAAAUGGGUAUGCGUUGGUUCACAUUCACAUAUUUUAACAACACUUGACAUAAAUCUAGGAGGUCCUAUUGCUGUACUGGAAUUGCCAGACAGAAUCGAAUGCAAAGUGGAGAUUGUUUCAAAUGCAAGUAUCUCAUAUUUAGCAGUAGUGGGUUGUUAUGAUCAAAAUUUAUACGCGUUCAAUUUUACAAAUGGCCACAUUUACUGGAGUAUAGACUUAGGUGGACUGAUUAAAGCUAAACCUUUGGCCUGCUCAGCUGGACUGGUUAUAGCGACAUAUGGCGAAGAGUUUAAUGUUGUUUGUAUUUCUUUGAAGACAAAUAAUUAUAUUUGGCGCAAAAAAAUCGGAACGAAAGGAAUAUUUGCCAACCCUAUUGCUAUUAACUCGUACACGAUGAUUAUUUGUACCCUGGAUGGGAGUUACUGCAAGAUGAUUUUAAAUUCUGGUGAAUUAGUGUGGCUGAGAAAGUGCGAUUCACCGAUAUUUUCGACACCGGUUAUAAUUAGCGAAGACAACGUUGUUAUUUUAGCUGAAGUUUCUGGAAAAGUACACAUCUGCAACGCGGAAAACGGCGAAUUGAUAGAGACAUUUUGUGUUGGAUCUCUUAUAUUUUCUGCAUUGACUAUUUUAGAGGAUAUUGGAAGUAAGAGAAAAGUCUUGUUCGGUUCCUACGAUAAAUAUGUUUACUGUUUACGGUAUCAAAACUCAGUUGAGAAAGGGCGUCGGACAACGUGUAAACUAGAUUUGAUAUGGAAAAAUCAACUUGAAAGGAAUAUCUUUGCAUCACCUUUAGCAAUUUCUUUACAAGACGCUGAGUACGUGUUAUGUUGCUCCACCAGUGGAUUAAUUGCUCUUUUGCACGUCGAAACUGGUGAGAUGAUUACAAAAUAUAAAUUGAAUGCUGAGAUUUUUUCAACUCCUUGCAAUUUGAACAACAAAAUUUUUAUCGGUUGUAGGGAUAACUUUUUGUACUCAUUUAGCAUACACUAACUGAAAAAGUAAAAAAUUUAUACUUAUUAAAAGAAAAAAAUCAAUCUAGUUUUGAUAUAUACUAUAAUUUUAAAAAUUACUAUUUCUAGUAUCAUUCUACACAUUAAUAUAUUUUCAUACUAAACCCCACAAACAAGUAAAUAUAAAGUAUUAAUUUUAUAUUUUAUUGGUGAUUUAAAUAAAAAAAUUCUAAAUCGUGAUCUUUUCGAUUUUAAACAAGAAAAAGAUUGAAA